AUGCUCACUUCUGAUGCUCCGCAGGUCAUGCUCUAUGUGCUGCUCCGACUUUUUCAAAUUUUCGUCAAAGUUAUCGGUGAUAACAAUAACGGUAAUACUGAUUUGGCUUGCUCAAUUCUUCGAGAUUUUGCCGAUAACUGGCCCGAAUUCUAUGAAACACUUGUUCGUUAUUUCGAAUUGUAUAGCGAUGAAAUCAGCAAAACAGAAGACUUCAAAUUGAGUCAAGAGUACAUAGACAAAGAGAAAAAAUAUGUGAUCAGGAUUGAGUAUUUUUAUCCUGAUGAUGGCAAGAAGACAGCGUCAGUGGAGGAAAAGCGUCCCCAAGAACUCACUGAAAAAUUUGGCCAGCUAAAGCUCUCACAAAAAAAUAAAACUGUCAUGGAAACACUUCGUCUAAUGGCGACAGAAUCAAUUCCAAACCCUAUCAAAAAUUUUUGCACCCUACAAAACGCUUUUACGAUAUUCUUCAGAACAUUUAGUGGCCAUCGGUUCUUACCACAGCAGAAUAAAUUCCGGUCUAUUGAACAAGCCCCUGAAGUACCAAAGAUUGAAAAAGCGGCACUAGUCACAGACGCGAAAACUGAAAGUCAUUCAAAAAGUGACGAGGAAGAGACCUUCGAAAAUCAUCGGGAAGUGCCAAAGCUUGAAAAAAUGAGACCAGACACAGACCCAAAAACUGUAAGCGGCAGAGAAGAUUUAAACACUGACGGAAAAGAGGCUUUCCAAAAUUAUUAUGAAACCUGCGAACCGACUAAACCUGGCUCAUUAUUCGAACAAUUUGAGAAAGAUAUGGAACUUUCGAAUUCUUCCCAACCCGAACCUUCUUCCGAUGACAGCAAAUAUGAAAUUGUGAACUUUAUGGAGGAAGAAAUUUUGCAAAUGGCUGAUCAAAUUUCUGUUCAUUCCCUAGAGCAAACGAGGAAAACAGUAACUGGUUUGCAAACCGAUAGAAAUGAGUUAGAGGAGAGAAGUUCGACUCUAUGCACUCCUCUAGAAGAAGAUGUUGACACUGAAAAUGAAGGAUUCAUAGAGAAACUUGAAGAACAAAAAAAGAGGCACGAAGAAGAAUUGGAAAGAAGACGUCAGGAAAGGACAGAGAAACAGGAAAAAUUAAACGAAGAACUUCGUGAAAUACGCCGUCUACAAAAACAAAAAUUUGCGAUGCUUCUGCAAUGCAUCCAAUGGAGAUAUCGAUUUCAAGAAAAGGAAGGAGAAUGGUCGGAUUGGAUAGAACACUGCUAUAGAAGACUCAUCGUGAUGGUUAUAACGCAAUUUGCUGUAUUUCAGGAAGAACUGGGUGUGAGUGAAAAAGCGUUUAGGAAAACUUUGGCAGUGUCUCCUGAAACUGUUCAGUCUGAAGUUACGAAUCUUUGGGGGAAAAUAGAAACAACAAUACAUAAGCUAUCGAUAAUUUUCGAAAACUUGGCAAAAAUCUAUGAGAAUUUCGAAGAUGCUUUAUUCAUUAGAAUUCUUCAAAGAAGUUCCUGCGAUAUUUCAACCAAACUCAUCAGUGUUCUAAACUGUUUGGAUGCUAUCGAGUACUCAACAGAAUGGUAUCAGGAACUUAUUUCUAAGUUUGAUCACAUUGAGACAAGUGAUGUUCCUGGAGUAACGGAAUUGAAAAGGUUGCGCAAAGAAGACAACAUCGACGGUUUAGGAAACAUGGAAUUUCCAAAAUGGGAGCCUAGAAGUCAUGUGAACAUUGAAGAAUUGUCAAGCGAUGAGGAGGAAAAUGUUAUGGAGGACAAACCAAAAAAUAGCAAUGACUCGAGUAACGAAGUGCCUGAAUCAGCUGAAGGAAUCCCAAUGGAAUUCGUGAAAACCGGGAAAGGUAUGGCUCAUCCAGAAGAUUCAAAAACUGCGUCCAACUCGGAUAGAACAGAGACAAAAGAUUCGCAACAAAUUGGCCAAGUUGUUUGCUCGGUUCCAACAAGUGUUGGACUUGACGAGGUUGAACAAUUUAGUAAGUUUAAAGUGGAAUUCAGUAUUAAGAAAGUAUUUUUUCCAGCGUGCGAUAAAGCUACAAAAGUUGAAAUUGAAGAAUUUUCAGAGGAUGAGGAAGAUAUUGUGAAGGACAAACUAAAAGGCUUUCACAAACAGAUAACAUCUAAGAAGACUGCUCCGAUAGCUGAAAUUGAAGAAUUGUUAAGCGAUGAAGAUGAAGCUGCUGUGGAGGAAAAAUCAGAACAAGACAAAUUCCAAGAAGUCAAUCCCCUGAAAUGCUCAUGCGAAUGUAAAAAGCGUGCUGUGGAUUUGGAGGAUCCAUCAAUCCCGAACAACAGAACAGGAAAGUGUUCCGAUGAAGAGGAUAUCAAAAUUUUGAUGGGAGAGAUUCUGGUGCGAGUAUCUUCAAGCAUGGAUGAUAAUUUCGAGAACCAAGCCAAGAGUUCUACUAGAACAACACCACGAAAGGAAUUAAAAAUGGAUGAGAUGGUUUGCGAAGAAACGCCUGAUUAUGCAGAUAAGAAAAAAUGCCUCAUGCUGUUAUACGACCACCUUCUAAGACAACCUUUGACGUGGAAUAGGAUUCAUCCCAUGAAAAUCACUCAUUCAGCCCGUGUCAACAACAACUACCCACCACAGCUAGUGCGAGUAUGGAACGAAAUCGUUAAAAAAGAGAAAAAAUUCCUAGACCUCCAACAGAUUAUUGAGCUGGAAAAAUCGAAAAUUUUUAAACUAAAGUUUGAUUAA